CGUAGCGACCGUUUCAAUGUUUUGUCAAUAUUCGCGGCAUUCUAUCACAUUACACUUUUUGUAUCAGGCGUUUUCUUUUAUAUUGUAAACCAUGGCACCAAAAAAAGACAAAGGGAAGGAAGAGACCCCAAAAACAGGAGGCGGGGGAGGUGGAGGAUUUACGGAGGUCGAAAAAACAUUCCUUGAGCUUCAAGUGACGGAGUGUAACAGAAAGAUUGCGAGGCUGAGAUCGGCGGUCGAUGAAUACGAGCUUAGGAAUGAAGAACUUCAGAAGGCCUAUGAUAAACUCGACGAAGAUAGGGCCGAUAUUAUCGCGUACCUCAAAAAGACGCUUAAUUUAAAGAAUGAAGAAAACAACGAGUUGAAAGAUAAGGUCAAAGGUCUCGAAGAAACAAGGGAGAUCGAAACCGCUCAGUUUAAGGAAACAGUUAACGAAUUAGAACGAAACUUUACUAUCAUGAAAGAUCAGCUUACAUCAGAAAAUAAAUUGUUGGCUGGAAAACUGAAUACAUUGGAAGAAUUCAGAGCUAUAAGAGACGAUUUGAUGCGCAAAUUCGAGAAACAGGAGCAAGCCUUUAAAGAUCAAGAAAUGAAGUACAAGAGAGUAAUUUACGAUGCGGAAAAGAAAUUUGUUAUUGGAAAAGAUAAGUUAAAGAAGGAAAUGGAAGCAAGAUUAUUACAAUUGGCUCAAGAUUUUCAAGAUGCUACUGAAUUAAGAAUCGCAGCAUCCACACACAGAGUUAUAAGAGAAAACAUUGCUAUUAAUAAUGAACUCGAUAACAUUCUAUUCACGCAAGCAAAAUUGGCUGAACAAAAUGAGAAAAAUAAAGAAAGCGAGAGAGCAGCUCGCAUAGCUAUGGAGUUGGCAGAAGAAGAAAGAGACAAAGCUAUCAAUAAAAAUGUUGUCCAAUUAAAAGUUAUUGACCAGCUUACAACCGCUUUCCAAGAAAUAAAAAAAGAGAAAGCCCAAUUUGAAAAGAGAAAUUUUGAUUUUGACUCAUUGCAAGCUAAAAUACAAAAACUAACGAAGGAAAAUGAAAAUUUAUGUUUACAAGUACGUAUUCUAGAGCAAAAUCUGCAUGCUAAGAUGAGCGAACAAAAUAAAUCAGCUGUCGAAAUAUCGAAAGCGGCUAGGGAAGGAGGCAAAUUAAAGAAAAUAUUAAAAGAGGCUGCUUUUGCUAUACAAGCCGCCUUGAAACUAGAUCAGUGGGCAAGAACCGACCCUACUAGAGAGAUUAUGGAUCGUCAAGUUUUGCUCUCACGUUUGUUGGAUAUUAUUACUCAAUACCGAGAUAUAGAAAAAGCAGAGUCUAUGGAAACCCUGGCUUCGAUGACCAAAGUCUAUGAAGAAGGUGAUCUUGGCUUCAUACCCAAACCUGUUGCUAAGAAAUCUGCGGUGUCUGCUGCUCUAUCUGUGAUUUCAAGAGAAUCUACUAAGGUUGAUAGAGGUAGUAUAAGUCCUGCGACUAUUUCGUCAUCGACUCUUGGUAGUAUUAAGACUAUUCCCAGCGUGAAAUUGGUACCACCAUCCUCUGAACCCCAGCUUCCUCCAAAAGAGAGUGUACAAUCAUUUGUGACCUCAACAAAAUCUUCUGAAAGUGAGAGUGAUGAGGAAGCAGAUGAGACAGAGGGCAUGACGGAUAUAGAAAAGCAGUUAGCUGCAAGUAAAUUAGAGAUUCAAAAGUCUAUAAUGAAAGACCUAGCUUACUCCCAGAUGGCUCUACAGUCUCAGAAUAGAUUUAGUGAGGAACAAAAGAAGAGAAGUUCGAAAUCGGUAGUGAUACUCGAAACUAUAGAAGGUGAAGGUGGUGAAGAAGCAAAGGAGGGCGAAUCGAAAGAAAAGACUGAAGGGGAGACAACGGAGGGUGAAGCAUCAGCCGUCGAAGACGAAGAAAAAAAAGAUGAAAGCGAAGCGAAGUCAGAAAGCGAAGGAAAACCAGAAGAAACAGAAGACAAGCCUGGAGCAGAAGAGACUAAAGCCGAAUAGUAUUUUUAUAUGAUUAGAUUUAUAAAUAUUACUUUGAAUAAUAAUAUGGGUUUGUAUUUUCGUAUUUAAUGUACCUAAUUCGUAAUACUUUAAUAAAUGAACCAUGCGUGUGCAAUAAA